GUCGCAUCCGUCCAGCUUGCUCUCGUCUCCUCCCAGGUCGCAUCUACAUCCUCCCUCAUCACACCUGUCUAAAGCGCCAGCCAUGUCCACCAUUCCUCCAACCGAAGACCCAAACGAGGAUAUCGUUGGUGGAGCCGCCAAGCAACUGCGGUAUCGCAACAAAAAUGAAAUGCACUGGCGAGUCAUCAAGGAGAGUGCUCCCUACGGCCUGGCUACGACCGCCACUGCCUUGGGACUCUCGGCCUUUGCCCAGAAGCGGUGGCCCUUCUACCAACGAUUGACCCUGCCCAUCAAGGUGUCUCUCGUAUUGGCCUCCACAAUCGCCGGAUUUUUCACUGCCAGUGAUGUCGUUGCUAUGCGUGUCGAUCGAGAGUUUGCUCAGCAGUUCUCGGUUGUCCACGAAAGCGAAAUCGAGCCUCUUACCUCAAGCGAUCAGAUCAACUUCACAAGCGCUGAAGGGCUGAAAAAUGCCUUCAUCCAGUAUCGCUACAAGUUUGUUGCCGGCCUCUGGGCCACUUCGAUGGUAGCCGCCCUCGGCUACAACUACCGACGAACAGAUAUCACCCAGGCCCAGAAAGUCAUUAACGCCCGUAUGACUGCCCAGCUGUUGGCCAUUGCGGGUGUCAUGGGUGUCGCAGGUGUAUCAACCCUUGUCGACGUCAAGCCUGUUGCUGUUGUCGAUCCCUACUACGAACGUAUUGUCAAUGGCGAGGCGGUUAAAACCACUGCUUAGCAAGGACCUCGUCGUUUCCGUGGACCAUAUGCCCUCUUCCUUCUAUCAAGCAGCGCCAGCCAACACUGGGGGAGUGCAGAACGGCAGUCUG